AUGACAUUUGCAACUGGUAGAGGAGGUGCUGGGAACAUCCACUCCAAUAAGAACAAAACUUCAGAGAAUAAUAUCAUACAACCAACCAAAUCAAGAAAUUCUCCAACCCCACAACAACUGCAAGACAGCAAUGGUCUUCAGAAAGUAACAUCACACAACAGUAAAAAGGUUUAUUAUUCUACAGGUAGAGGAGGUGCUGGUAACAUCCAAGCCUCAGAUCAAUUACCAUCUCCAAAAUUAGCUCCUCAGGGCUCAAAUACCCCAUAUUUACAUACAGCAAAAGUAUCCACAGGUAGAGGUGGGUAUGGUAACAUGGUGGAUAAUAAAGAUCCUGAAUUAACAAGAAAAUUACAAGAUGUGGAUGGUGCUCCAUCGUCCCCAAAAGAUGAUCUCUAUGCUGUGACGUCGAAUAGAUCAUUUAGUGUUGGAAGAGGUGGUUUUGGCAACAUGAUCUCUAGAAGUAGAUCUACCGAACUGCCUAAUGAAGAUGUUCCUAAUUUAUACACUGUGACUUCACAGCCAGAUAAAAAAGCCAAAAAGAAACAAGGUUUCUUGGGUAAGAUCAAAGAGAUAUUUACUUAG